AUGGGAAAUGCCUGCCAAGCUUGCGAAAACUCCAAACUACAAGCUACAGUCACUGAAUUAAACGAAGAAAAUAGGCAGCUCAAGAAGCUUGCAGAAGACCAAAAACUCUCCCAAAGCCAAUUAAAAUCCCUCUACGAAAAACUUAUAUCAGAAAAAGAGUCCUCUAUAAAUCUUCUCACAAAUGAAUUAAAAUUAUUAAAAAGCGACAACAUAAGUCUCACCCAAAGAAACGAAAAACUCAAGGCUACGCUUAUUGACGGAUGCCAAGACAAAUCUGCAAUCAAUUUUCUCACAAAGGAAAAUGAAGAAAAACUCCAAAAAAUUGACACAGACUAUUCCCUCAAAAUCCAAGAGCUAUCUUCAGAAAACCAACAAAUGCGGCAGGAACUUACCGUUCUGGCAGAUUCUCAUAAGCGAAAAGUACUUUGAGGUGCUUUAAAGUACAUGAAAAAGUUUUGCCUGCAAGAUCUAUCAAGGCUGUUUGAUAGGUGAAAAGAGAUGAUAGACGGGCCUGCAGUUUUGGAAACAGAAGGAAGUUUGAUGCUCAAAACUAUUGAAUUUGACGUGGCUUCUAUAUAUGAUGACGAUGACCGUAAGGUUAACCAAGAUGGCGUUAGGGCUGCACUUGGGAUUUUAUCAGAAGAACAAAAAACAGCAAUUAGUGAAAACCCAUUAAUGAUUUAUUAUGAAGCCCAUAGAGGCAGAGGGGAAAGACCUAUGUCAAUACAUAACGUUUUUAGGUUUUUUGAAGAAAUGCUUGAUAAAAAAUAUGAGGCGGACUGUGCAGAUUUAGAUGCCAAAAGGACACCAAGGACCAUGCCAGACUACAUGAUGGACCAUUUAAUUCGUGUGUAUGGGCUUAAAAAAAUCGCUCACAAAGCAUUAUGCCAAAUAAUACCAACACUAGAAGACUUAAAUCAUAGGAGAAAUUCAUGAGGAACUCUGCUUUCAAGGCUCAUACAAGUGAUCCAUCAUGACCCAAUUCCUCAUCAGCUGGCUUUAUUUUUGACAAAAGCCAGGAUUGAGUUCAAUAAACUUGUAGCUAAUGCGUUAAAAGACAUGAAAACAAGGAAACGCGAAACAGUUACAGGACAAACUGACAAAGAAGGCUCAGCGUUUCUAAUUGACGUGAUGAAUUUGGUUUAUAACUUGUUUGACACUGACCGAGGAAGCAGAGGAAAAGCUAUAAGCUUGCUGAAGCCCGAAAGUUUUAGUCCAGAACAGUUUAUGGUAUUUAGAAUUUGCCAUAAAAUUAUCCGUAUGGGAGAAACUGCUGAAAACGUGUUUUCAGUUUUAGAUGUAGAUAGACAGAAUAAUGAGAUAUCAAGAGACCAGCUGAUUGAAGGGGUAAGGAAAAUCCUAGAGCUUGCAAUGCCAGAUGAUGAAGCUACAGUUCUUUUUAAUGUUUUAGACCCCAGGAACACAGGAAGGAUAUCAAGAGAUACUUUUUUACAGAAAAUCGAUAUAAAAAGCCAUUAUGAAAAUUGCAAGUCUUUGAAUUUCACUGUAAAGAAAAGCAAGUUUUGGAUGGUUUUGAUUGAAGUCUAUAUAGAUUAUGGCUAAUAAUAGACCUUAUAUAAGAGAUGCUCUGCCACUCUCACUUGGCAAGCCCUAUCUUGAAAGUGCCAAUAAGAGACUAGCAAAUCUCAGAAUAAGCAUUGGAUUUGUCAAACCAUUAUAAUUUUCAAAAACAAGAGGUUUGUCAGAUAUAUCGGCAGAAUAACUAUUAUAAUGCCCUAUAAGCGCUCUUUCGCUAUAAAACAGUUCAAAUAAAAGAUACAGCACUAUUAAUGGCCUGGUUUAAUGCUCAGGGAGUGACACAUCUAGAUUUUGAAGGUUUUAAAAAUUAUGCGAUGUCAAUAGAUGAGGAUAUUGAAAUAGAAGAAAUUCAAAGCCAUUAUGAUGAUGGGUUAAGACUGAAUUCAGAUGCAAGUCUGGAUGGGCUGACCCAGGAAAGCUUUUGCAAGGUUAUUAUAAGAGAAAGUAUCGGUGGGAGAGGUACAAGAGAUUUCAGUAAUUUUUAUACAGAAUUAAAAUCUGGGAUGACAAUGAGGUCGGUAUCAAGGAAAAAUUCUGAUUUAAAUGCAAACUAAAUUAAAAUAUGGCGUCUUCACCUGGUCAUGGCCUUCCGGCCAUCGAGCUUCGAGCACAUAUUUUAAUUAUAUCAGGCAAGGUUUAUCAUGUCAGAGAUGGACAACAUGGCUAGACAAGCAAUUCUGGUUGUGUACAGAGCCUAACCCAAAUAUAAUUUCAGAGAUGGUUUUUCCUCAUGGGGAAGGAAGGCAUGGCAGUUGGAAAAGGGAAGCUCAGCAGCGUCCUUAUGACCAAAUAGGCAACUCCCUAGAGUGAAGCUGGGCAUUAGAUCCCAGGCUACAUGCUUUUCCUUUUUGCCGACAGUCGGCCAGAAAAUCCAUUUUUUGGUUUUUUUGUGCAGACAACCCAUGUUGCAAUGAAGUAACUCACUCAUGAGUCGUUGAAGCCGACAAUACCGUUUCAAGCCUCACCUGGUGAUUGAAGCAGGUCGGCCAGAGGCCUGUGGGCCCGGCACGUGGAUGAGAUGGCGGAGAGGUCUGGGUAGCUAAUCCCGUAAGGGACGUUAAACAUAUAAAUCUAAAGUAAGUAAGAUUUAAAUACAAGCCAAGAUGAUAUACAGCCCCCUUCUAAAGGAAAACACUCGAGGAGGCCAUCUGGGCUGAUCACGCCUCCUCCAGCGAGAUCUAAAACACCAACUAUGGAUAUAUCGCCGACUAUGCAUAAGAAAAAAUCAAGCUUUAGCGGCCUACCUCCUUCAUCUGCUAAAGUUUCAAUUCCAAAGCCCAGAGAAACACCGAGAUCUCCUGAAUUUCCAAGCAGCCAAACUCCGGAGCCAAGAUUAUCUGACCUCAUUGUGGAGCAACGGCAGAGUGAAGGUGCUACGAAGAAUAGAAGAGAGCCAAAGAGUCCAAAUGAGCCAAAAUCCCCUAGUUUCGGCUGGUAA